AUGGCUUUGAAACUUUUGGGUAGUUGGUUCAGUCCAUUUGCAUGCAGGGUACAAAUUGCCCUUAACAUCAAAGGUUUGGAGUAUGACAACAUUGAAGAAACCUGGCAUCCCAAAAGUGAGUUGCUUCUUCAUUCCAAUCCUGUAUACAAGAAAAUCCCAGUUUUCAGUCAUGGAGAUAAAAUCAUCUGUGAAUCUGCAAUCAUAGUUGAGUAUAUUGAUGAAGUUUGGAAAGAUAAUGGUACUCCCUCUAUCUUUCCUUCGAAUGCUUUUGAUAGCGCCAUUGCUAGAUUUUGGGUUGCCUACAUAGAUGACAAGUUUUUCAAUUCUGUGCGAAAUGGUUUAAUUGCUCAAGACGAAGAAUCAAAGAAGAAACAUUUUGAGCUAGUAGAAGAAGUGUUUAUGAGGUUAGAAGAAGUGAUUAACAAGUGCAAUAAUGAAGGAAUGGAGUUUUUUGGAGGAGACAAAAUUGGAUAUAUUGAUAUUGGUUUUGGGUGCUAUAUGAGUUGGGUUAGGGCAACAGAGAAAAUAGAAGGAAUCAAGUUGCUUGAUGGAGCUAAGACUCCUGCUUUGGUGAAAUGGGCUGAAGCUUUUGCUGAUCAUCCUGCUGUGAAGGGAGUUCUACCAGAAACUGAUAAACUUGUGGAGUUUGCAAAGGGUUAUGUGAAAAUUUUGGUUGAUAAAGCUUCUAAAUAA